AUGACGCUAUCACGUUCAUCGCGCCAGGCGAUACUGCUCGGUCGCCAGUUCAGUCGGCGCACACAGAUCUCUUCACAGAAACGAGCUGUCGCAAAUCUCACUCCUCCGCACCAGGCCAAUGCCAUCUCACGGAUUCAGACAAACGUUGAUCCGUCAUCGGACGAGUUCAAGGAGAACGAGAAGCAGAUGAGCGAGGUCAUGAGCCGCAUGCAGGAGCUCGCCCGCAAGAUUCAGCAAGGAGGACCUGAGAAGGCCAGACAGAAGCACAUCGCGCGCAAGAAGAUGCUCCCCAGAGAUCGAGUUACAGCUCUGAUUGAUCCUGGAACUACAUUCAUGGAGCUCUCGCCUAUGGCUGGCCAUGAGCUUUAUCCAGAGGCUGAGGUGCCUGCAGGCGGUAUCAUCACCGGUGUGGGUGUUGUCGAGGGAGUGACAUGCGUGAUCGUCGCCAAUGACAGCACAGUCAAGGGCGGCACAUACUACCCCAUUACAGUCAAGAAGCACUUGCGAGCGCAAGCUGUCGCAAGAGAAAACAAAUUACCAUGCAUCUACCUUGUCGACAGCGGCGGUGCCAACCUCCCCCAUCAAGCCGACGUUUUCCCUGAUCAGAACCACUUUGGUCGCAUCUUCUAUAACCAAGCCCGCAUGAGCUCGGAGGGUAUUCCCCAGAUCGCUGUGGUCAUGGGUCCUUGCACAGCAGGUGGCGCCUACGUUCCAGCAAUGAGUGACGAGAGCAUUAUCGUCCAGGAGCAGGGUCAUAUCUUCCUCGCCGGUCCUCCCCUUGUUAAGGCUGCGACAGGAGAGGUUGUUAGCCACGAAGACUUGGGAGGCGGCAAGAUGCACUCUUCUGUGUCUGGUGUUACAGACUACCUGGCUGUGGACGACGCACAUGCUGUCGUAUUGGCUCGUCGCUGCAUUAGCAACCUCAACUGGCCCAAGAAGUCACCAGAGACUCAAGCCCCCAAGCCUGCCUUCUCAGAACCUCUCCACGAUCCCGAGGAGCUCCUUGGCAUUGCUACCACCAACCUGCGAAAGCCUCUGCCUAUUCGCGAAGUCAUUGCUCGUGUUGUGGAUGGCUCUGAGUUCUCCGAGUUCAAGCGCGACUUCGGCACUACACUCGUGACUGGCUUCGCCGAGAUCUACGGCCACAAGGUUGGCAUCGUAGCCAAUGAUGGUAUUCUCUUUGCCUCGUCCGCUGUCAAGGGCGCUCACUUCAUUGAGCUCUGCUCUCAGCGCGGCAUCCCAUUGGUAUUCCUACAGAACAUUUCCGGAUUCAUGGUAGGAUCACAGUCCGAGCGUGACGGUAUUGCAAAGCACGGUGCCAAGCUAGUCACCGCUGUUGCAUGUGCUGAUGUACCCAAAUUCACCGUCGUCGUUGGUGGCAGCUACGGCGCCGGAAACUACGGAAUGUGCGGACGAGCUUACAGUCCAAGAUUCUUGUGGAUGUGGCCCAACGCCAAGGUUGGUGUUAUGGGUAGCGAGCAAUUGGCUGCUGUAAUGGAGACUGUCGGCAAGACUGUCGAUGGUGGGCUAAAGGAGCGUAUUGAGAAGGAGAGCGAUGCCACAUUCUCCUCUGCUCGAUUAUGGGACGAUGGCAUUAUCCCCCCUCAACAUACAAGACGAUACCUGGGUCUGGGUCUGCAGGCUGCUAUGGGAGGUAGAAACGAGGUCAAGGCCGGUGAUACCAGAUUUGGCGUCUUCCGAAUGUAA